CUAGGUUUGAAGCUAUUACCUAGUUUUGUUUUAACUUUUAUAUUAUUAAUUUUACUUUAAAUAUCUUUAUUUGUCCUGACAAAUAUGAAGAAUGGAUGAUAACUCGAAAAACGCAUCCUCAUACCAACAUGAUCAAGAAAUACUAGAUGCUCGAGGUAUUAGUAUGACAGUAGAGGAAGUAGCUGGACUCCCAACAUGCAAAUAUACAGAGAAAGUGCAAUCACUUAACCUUAAAGAUGAUGAUUUAAUGUUUCUUAAAGGAUUGAGACGGAGAAUAAGGAACCGGCUAGCAUCACAAAACAGUCGCCGGCGCAGUGUGGAGAAUCUACGUCGAUUAACACGCGAGUUACGUGCUGUGAGGGCAUGUCGAGAUGACGCGUUGUCGGAAAGGCGUAUGUUACUCGCUACAAGGACUGUAUUGCGGACGCGAUAUGGGGCUUUAAGGACACAUAUAUUAGAGGACAAUGGGCGGCCUAGUGAUAUCUUCCAGCAACUCGCGGUAAGGAUAACAUUCAGGCCCGUAUUCCAAAAGGUCCUAGAAGAACGUGACGACAACGCCAAGGUUCCAGACUUAGACCCAGAAAUCGUAAUUGAAUCUCCAAAAUCAGACAAUUAUCCAAGUCUCAAGACACAAAUUUUUGAAUGCCGCAUAGACAAAUUAGUUCAACAGAGUGUCAAUCACAUUUACAAAGAAAAGGAUGCCAAAACCGAUUACAAAAGUGAGAAUGUUUACAAACUGAAGGCCAAUGAUUACAUGUCAGAUAUUAAUAGUAAAAUUGAUAAACAAAUUGGUUGUAUACGAACAAAUGAGAAUUACAAAGAAAAUAAAAAGAAAGAUAUUGAUUACAAAUCAGAAGACAACAUAAUGGAUAGACCGAUAGAUGGACGAAAUUACAAAUUUGAGAAUGAUUACAAAAUUGAGAUGGAAACAGAUAGAAUACAAAAGCAAGAAUGGAAAUAUAAAGAAAAUGAUUAUAGCGAAGAUGUAAUUAACAAAGUCUGUGCGAAAACGGUGUUUUUGGAUGGUGUUCUCAAUUUAUCGAAGAAAAAGAGUCAUGGACGGAAGCAAACGGCUCCAAGACGCAUUGCUUACACAUUCAGUGAGCCAGAUAGUGAUGGUGUUCUAGAUUUGAAAAUUAAAAAGGAGCCACAGUGACAAAUACAUCACAUUUUUAUUUAGUAUACAUUUUGUGCCAAUGUAAGUCAAUCUUAAAUACAAACAUAUUUAUCCAAUCUCUAUUGACAUAAUUAGUGUUCAAACACCUAAGUUUUUAUUAAAUAGCAAUAGAUUUUCCCCACGAUUGGAACAUGAGACUGCAGUUGAUGACAUGUAAGCCAAUUAUGAACAAGCUCAAUUUCAGAAUUGAUUAAAUCUAUAGAUUGGCAAAAGUUCUUGUAUGUUUAUGUUAAGAUCUGACUUUUUGCACAAUGACCAAAAAUUUAUAAAAAACGAAUUUAAUAUAGGGUAUUUUUUCAUGUUUUGUACAAAUAUAUUAUGUUAUGGAUGGCCAUUAUCCUAAAAUAUAUAUGUACUCUUAAGAGCCGGUGACAUACAAGUUUUACAUUUGAAUAUAUUUAUAAUAUAACAAAGUUAUAGACUAAGAAAUAUGUCGGAAAGCUUAACAGUAAAACUGUUUUAAAAUUUUUAUAGAAAUGUCAGUGGCACUUAAUAUGAACGAUUCAUGUUUCACUGGACAUACCAAAGACAACAUAAAUGAAAAUUUCAUAAAAAUUCUUAGAAAGGACAUUUGUUCGAUUUUUAAAAGUGUAUUACAUGUAAUGGAUACAAGUCAUUUAGCCAAUUUUUUCUAACUAAUGUUGCCACUUUAACGUUCUUAUCAUUUCACUCAAAUGCAACAUUUGGCAAAUGAUUGUCUAAGCACUUGUUACGUUGCGUAUUUCUCUUCCAUCGCUACUUACAAUUUCGCGAUAUAACUGUAUCAGUUAAUAAAUCAAAUAGUUUAUCAAAACUUAGUAAAAAAAUUAAAUGAAGUUAAGAUAACAUAAUGUAACAAAACUCAAAUAUUAUAAAAUAGAAUAUCAACUCAUUAUAAAUCCAUUUUUUAUGUCAGUCACCCAAAUCAGCCAUUUAAAUAGUUCUAAAAGGUGUAUAAUUUUUAUGUAAAUUUUGUAUAGGUCUGCAAUAUUUAUCAUUAUGCGGCUCGUCUGCAAAUUUUAUUUAAAAGCAUUAAUGCUAUUUUUUGCUAUAAGGCAACACAAACCACUUUUAAAAUGAGAGGUUCAUGAAAUUUAAUAUUACCUAAACUAUUACAAUGAAAUUAUAAGUUUAAAUAACAAAUUUGAUGCCUCAUUUGAGUUUUAUCCAAUUUUUUAAAAUCCUCAUUUUACUUAUGUCAUUUAAUUAAAUUUCAAUUAAUAUAAAUUAGUCAAAGAUAUUUUUUUCUUGUGUUAUGUGCUUAAAGUGACCUAUGUUGAGCAAAUAGUAUGAACGAUAUUUUAUUGUCUAUUAAAAGUUGUGUCUUUUAGUUUAAAAAAAGAAGUAAUGUAUUUACCAUUAAACUGUUUAAAAUAUAUUUACUGUAGUUGUAAGUAAAAUUUACAAAAU